AUGGCCCAUUUGGUUGAAGGGACCUCCAUCAUCGAUGGAUCAUGGCAAUUGUCGAUUCUGGUCACCGAUAUGAACAUUCAAAGAAAUAUUUAUGUACGCGGCGAUCUUCAUAUUGGCGGAUUGAUGCUUCAGCUUGUCAAUGAAGUUGAUGUCGCUCGCGAUUGGUCGGACCACGCGUUGUGGUGGCCGGAAAAACGCCGCUGGCUGCAACACACGCGAUCAACGCUCGAUCAAAACGGAAUCACCGCCGAAACUCAACUCGAGUUCACGCCGAUGCAUAAAGAUGCAAGAGUGCAACUGCCCGAUAUGCAAAUGAUCGACGCUCGCCUCGACUUCUCGGUGAACAUCGUGAAAGCGACGGCGAAAUUGUGUCGCGACAUCGGCAUUCGACAUUCGGAGGAGUUGUCGCUGAAGCGCUUCAUUCCGCCGGACGUGCUCAAACGCGGCACCGUCGACGCCGAGAAUCUCAGCGGUCCGCCGGCGAUUCGACCCGGCGAGGAGUCGAUCGGUCCGAUGACACUCCGAAAAGCGACGCCGAUAUUCGCGUCGCAAUCGAAUCUCGACGCGCGACGACGCCAAAUGUCGCCGGCGUUGUCGACGAGCGGCCACAUAUUCAACGCGCACGAGAUGGGCACACUGCCGCGGCACGGAACGCUGCCGAGAGGCGCGAGUCCCAGUCCGGGAGCGUACAAUGAUACGAUGCGUCGAACGCCGAUCAUGCCGAGCAUCAGCUUCAGCGAGGGUCUCGAGAACGAGCAAUUCGACGCGGCGCUCAUCCAUUCGCCGCGCCUCAAUCCCGGCCGCGACACGCCCGUGUUUCGUCCGGCGAAUUUCGUCGAGAAGGCGGCGCUGAAUCGCGGUUGGCUCGACUCGAGCCGCUCGCUGAUGGAGCAGGGCGUGUUCGAGGGCGACAUCGUGCUGCUUCGCUUCAAAUACAUGUCGUUUUUCGAUUUGAGCCCGAAAUACGAUCCGGUUCGCAUCAAUCAAUUGUAUGAGCAGGCGAAAUGGAGUAUUCUGCUCGACGAGCUCGAUCACACCGAAGAGGAGGCGUCGCUAUUCGCCGCGCUUCAACUUCAGGCGACACUUCAACGCGACUCGCCGGAACCGGAAGACGCGGCGAAAGACGACGUCGACAUUCUAUUGGAUGAGCUCGAGCAGAAUUUGGACGCGGCGGCGCUCGGACGACGCCAUCAGGAUUUGACGCAGGUGCCCGAAUUGGCCGACUAUCUCAAAUAUAUGAAGCCGAAAAAGUUGGCGGCGUUCAAGGGAUUCAAACGCGCGUUCUUCUCGUUCCGCGAUUUGUACUUGUCGUAUCAUCAAUCGUCGUCGGACGUCAACUCGCAACCAUUGGGGCAUUUCUCGUUGAAAGGCUGCGAAGUUAGCCCCGAUGUGUCGGUGUCGCAACAAAAAUACCAUAUAAAGCUAUUGGUGCCGACCGCCGAAGGGAUGACGGAUUUUGUGCUGAAAUGCGAUUCGGAGCAUCAAUAUGCGCGAUGGAUGGCCGCUUGUCGAUUGGCGUCGCGCGGAAAAUCGAUGGCCGACGCCUCGUAUCAGCAAGAGGUUGAGAGUAUCAAGAAUUUGCUGAGAAUGCAGAAUGGAAGUGGCAAUGAGAAUGGCACGGCGUCGCGAAAAUCGAACGCGGUGAAGCUGCCGAACGACUUCAACGUCGACGAGUAUGUCUCGUCGAGAUAUGUACGACGAGCGCGCAGCAAACAGGCGCUUCAACAACGCAUUUCCGAGGCGCAUAGCAACGUGCGACAAUUGAGCUCGACGGAAGCGAAAUUGCAGUAUAUUCGCGCUUGGCAGGCGUUGCCCGAACACGGCGUUCACUAUUUUGUCGUUCGAUUCAGGAAUGGACGAAAAUCGGAUCUGAUCGGUGUUGCCAUCAAUCGACUCGUCAAAUUGAACAUGGACAAUGGCGAGACGAUCAAAACGUGGCGAUUCGCCAAUAUGAAGAAGUGGCACGUCAAUUGGGAGAUUCGACAUUUAAAGAUUCAAUUCGAGGAUGAGGACAUCGAGUUCAAGCCGCUAUCGGCUGACUGCAAAGUGGUUCAUGAGUUCAUCGGCGGCUAUAUUUACCUAUCAAUGCGAAGUAAAGAGCAAGCGCCGAAAUUGAACGAGGAGUUGUUCCACAAAUUGACCGGCGGAUGGGCUUAG